GUGACGGACAAGCACUUGCCGACGCCAAUGCACCGACGGAGGUUCGUGCAAUCAGUGUCUAAGUUCAAGACGACGCGGACUCACAAGGCCAACCGGAAGCACGAGAAAGAUGUGGUAGUCAAGAGCUUACCGAAACCGCACCAGCAGUUCAAGAAGUCACGUGGCAUCGACAUGUACACCAAAGCUCACUUCCGCGAUCAACCUGCUCACUUGUCCGUGCCCCAGCGCACGCGGCUGACACGGUCUGCAUGGGAGGAGUUACCAACGGCGGAGAAAGCGUUCUACGAGGGGGUUGCUGAUAACGAGACCCGUCAGUUCAUCGGUCAGGCGAGCGAGGUUUUCACGGAGAGCGUCGACAGGCAUGCCGUUGGGCGUCGUCUUCGUGGGCGUGUUGGCUCUGAUUGCCACCGCGCCAUGGCGAACGCGAUAGAGGCGAUGCAGAACGAUGAGUUGUGGGAAGCUGGCACUCGGCUGCACUGCCUUGAAUCUGCUUUGAAGCCGAGCUUAGUGUCAACCAACUCUCAGGCCAGCAUGCGACUCGAGUGUGCCAAACUGUUUGAAUUUGAUCAGUUCGCACUCGCAAAUCCCGCUGGCAAGAUGGAGCUAGACCCAGUAUGCCACAUGCGGUGCGCAGGCCUCUGCAAGAAGGACCCACACUUUGAACGCAUUCACGGUAUGUCGCAGCGUAUCUAUAGAUCGGUGAAACGCAAGAAGUUGCAGCUGCCUGCGUUGGUGAAGGUUGCCGUGGAUCUCGCACCAGCGCCACCAGUUGUAGAGCGCCACUUUCUUUCCAGAGUCAUAGGGAAGUGUGAGGUCCUCUGGCUGGUUCGCGCUGAACUUGCCACUCCAACCGCGUUCACCGUAUCGUCUGGCAGUGGCGCAGAUAUCAUUACCACGUCCAACUUGGUUUUUCGCAGAGUUGCUAAACGAGGUUUCCUUGGCGCGGAUGCCGACGGCGCUGGGGUAGGCGGGGCGCUCGACAAGCUGGGGGUCACGUGCUACUCCGUUGCCCCAGUCGAGGGCGCGAAUCGGCACGAGGUCGAGGUCGCGCAGCUGGAGUUCGAGGCGCAGGCCCACGCCGAGGAGGUGCCGAUCCACGACGUCGGCUUCUUGCCCUUCGGCCUCGGCGCGGUCAAAG